AUGCGCCAUUCGGACAUUCGGACAGCUGAGAUUGACCCUACCCGUCUUUUGGUUUUCCCUGGCCAUAACGCAAAGCUUGUCUUGAAAAACAUGGCUGCCUUUGGAUGGGACACGGGACGAGUAUUUGAUACUCAGGUCUAUCCGACAGAGUCUGGAGAAGAAACUCGCGCGGCCAUCGAAAAGAAAUUUGUAGAGUUCCUUCGGAGCUUUCGAAUCGACAAUGUGUUUCUCUACAGAGACCAACUGCGGCAGAACCUCAUCAUUAAGCAAUACUUUUUGGAGGUGGACAUGGCCCAUCUCAUGAGUUUCGACGAGGACUUGACGAACCAAAUCAAGGAAAAGCCAGCUGAAUAUCUACCCUUGUUUGAAGACGCUGUCAAAACCGUUGCAAAGCAGAGCAAUUACCAUACAGGUUCCGGGGAUAUCCCUGACUGUCAAGUCAUGCUGCUUUCCAAUGCACAUCCUCAGCCAAUCCGAUCUUUGGAUGCCCUGUCCAUAUCAAAACUCGUUCGGGUGUCGGGAAUCAUCAUUUCUGCGUCCACGUUGGCCGCAAAAGCCACAUAUAUUCACAUAAUGUGCAGAUCUUGUCGGCACAAUAAAGUGUUACCUGUGAACAGUGGCUUUGCCGGUGUUCAAUUGCCACGGAAAUGCGACAGCGAGCCGGAUGAUACUGGUGCAAAGGAGUGUCCCCUGGAUCCAUAUGUCAUUAUUCACGACAAAAGCAAGUUCGUCGACCAACAGACUCUAAAGCUCCAAGAAACACCUGGAAUGGUGCCGGUAGGAGAACUUCCCCGGCAUUUACUAUUGAGCGCCGAUCGGUCGUUGUCCAACAAGGUCGUGCCGGGGACAAGAGUUACCGUGACGGGCAUCUUUUCCAUUUUCAAUCACAACCGAAACAAUAAAGCAGGCGGCGCCGUCGCUGUUCGGUCCCCAUACUUGCGUGUAGUCGGGAUGCAAGUUGAUGUAGAUGGCAAUGGACGAGGAACCAGAACAUUUACUGAGGAAGAAGAAGAGGAAUUUUUGCAUAUGGCACGCAGAGAGAAUAUGUAUGAAGAGUUUGCAGCCAGUAUUGCACCAUCAAUUUACGGAAGCCUUGAUAUCAAGAAAGCCAUUGCCUGUCUCUUGUUUGGUGGGUCGAAAAAGCUGCUGCCCGACGGUAUGAGGCUGAGAGGGGACAUCAACGUGUUGCUGCUCGGUGAUCCAGGUACUGCCAAGUCACAGCUGCUGAAGUUUGUGGAAAAGGUGGCUCCUAUAGGAGUGUACACAUCCGGAAAGGGAAGUAGUGCUGCCGGUUUAACGGCAUCCGUCAUCAGAGAUCCUGGCUCGCGAGAAUUCUAUCUGGAAGGGGGAGCAAUGGUUCUAGCAGAUGGAGGAGUAGUAUGCAUUGAUGAGUUUGACAAAAUGCGAGAAGAAGAUCGAGUAGCAAUCCACGAGGCGAUGGAACAGCAGACAAUCUCUAUUGCAAAAGCCGGAAUCACCACCAUUCUUAAUUCAAGGACAUCCGUGCUGGCAGCAGCGAAUCCUGUGUUUGGUCGGUAUGACGACAUGAAGUCUCCUGGAGAGAACAUUGACUUUCAAUCGACUAUCUUGUCUCGUUUCGAUUUGAUCUUCAUUGUUAAGGAUGAGCACAAUGAGGCCCGGGAUCAGACUAUCGCUCGACAUGUUCUCCAAGUCCACAUGAACACUGUGACUAGAGAACGAGAAACCGCUGCUGACAUCGAUAUCCAGAAAAUGCGGAGCUACAUUAGCUACUGUAAAACAAAAUGUGCUCCACGACUUACUGCAGAUGCAGCGAAAAAGCUAAGCAGCCAUUUCGUUGAACUGCGAAGCAGAGCUCGAUCCCUAGCAUCUGCAGACGGAACUGCUGCCAAAAGCGCUGUACCCAUUACCGUUCGACAAUUGGAAGCUAUCAUCCGUAUAUCGGAAUCUUUGGCCAAGAUGACUCUCUCACCAGUUGCCACAGAACACCACGUCGAUGAAGCCAUUCGUUUGUUCAAUCACUCCACAAUGGAUGCUGUUCAAUCUGGACUUGUGGAGGGCUUCGAUAGCCGCAGCAAAUUCUCAGAAGAAGUAUUGAGAAUUGAGGAGCAGAUUCGACGACGACUGAUGCCAGGAAAUAAGGUGUCUGUUAGAGCUGUAAAAGAUGAACUGGCAAGCCAGGAUUUUAAUCCGAUAGCUAUCGACAAGGCCAUUGAUAUCCUUGUGCGAAGGGAUGUGCUGCAAUAUAUUGACAGACGAAUGAAACUCUUGCGGACCACAGCAUAGAGUCGGAGCCGCUAGUUGUAAUAUCAGUUUUGUGAUUAUCUUUCUUGCUGUAAAAUAUACUUCUCCCUUAUGUAUUAAACCAUAAUGGACGGCUCUGCGGAUUUGCGAACAAA